AUGGGAUCCAACUUAGCCCAGGAGAAGCUCGAUGCAAUCAAUGAGGCAGUCAAGACAAAUGACCAUGAAAAGGUCGCCGAGUUGGACAAAUCAUUUGUGCAGGACUCCCAAUACGAAUCUGUGCGUGCAGCCGUGCGUAAUAUUGACGGUGGGGAACCUGCCAACAUGGUACGCGCAUGGGUUCUCGGGAUGUUUUUCACAACCGUCGGAAGUGGCUUGAACAUGUUCCCGAGCAUGAGGAGCCCUGCUAUCUCUUUUCCUGCAAUUGUUGUGCAAUUGCUUGUCUAUCCGAUAGGCUGUCUAUGGGCUAGAAUUAUGCCUACAAGAACAUUCAACACAUUUGGCAUCAUGGCAAAUGUGUCGAUUGGCUACGCAUACUGCACCGAUGCACUCCUAGCACUUCAAGCGAAGCCAUUAUAUAAUCUUGAUAUCGGUUGGGGAUUCCAGCUUCUGUUUGCCCUCAGCAGUCAGGUUAUUGGAAUGUCUCUUGCUGGAAUUUUCCGUCGAUUCCUCGUAUGGCCUGCUGCUAUGAUAUGGCCCGGCCAAUUUGCAAACACGUCUCUUUUCUAUGCUCUUCACGAUAAGAGUGGAUCAGAUCCCUCGCAAACAAAUGGCUGGACCAUUUCUCGGUACAGAUACUUUAUGUACGUUAUGGCUGGGGCAUUUUUCUGGUACUGGAUACCCGGCGUCAUAUGGCAGGGGCUCUCUGUCUUUGCAUUCAUUACCUGGAUCAAACCAAACAACGUUAUUCUCAAUCAGCUUUUUGGAGGAUUCACUGGUCUUUCCUUGAUCCCCAUUACUUUUGACUGGACCUAUGUUUCAGCGUAUCUUCUUGACCCUUUGCUCUCACCUGUACAUGCCAUCAUCAAUACCUUCAUUGGCCUUGUCAUCUUUGUGCUGGUUACAACAAUUGGCAUUUCGUAUACGGGGGCUUUCUACUCCGACUAUCUCCCUAUCAAUACAGCUUCGACCUAUGACAACACGCAAAACUCAUAUAAUGUGAGCAAGAUUCUUGGACCUAACUUCUCAUUUGAUGAGACGGCAUAUAAGGCAUAUUCACCCAUGUUCCUUGCUCCAACAUUCGCGUUAAACUACGGGCUGUCAUUUGCAGCUUUGACAGCCGUAAUUGUCCAUGUUAUUCUUUUCCACCGAAAGGAGAUUUGGCAUCGAUUCAGGGCUGCUCGGGAUCAGGAGCCUGAUAUCCAUUUGACUAUGAUGAAGAAAUAUAGGGAAGCCCCAGAAUGGUGGUAUGCGGCUCUUUUCUUGGUCUCGAUUGCGCUCGGCCUGGCUGGCAUUCUCGGAUACGAUUCUCAGCUACCAUGGUGGGCAUUUUUUGUGUCGAUCAUCAUUGCCAUUGUCUUCAUCAUCCCCACUUGCAUGAUUCUCGGCAUCGCCAACAUUCAGCUUUCCCUCAAUGUUCUUUCCCCUUUUCUAGCAGGUUUUAUGAUACCCGGCAAACCAAUUGGAGUUAUGGUCUUCAAAGUUUUCAGUACUAUCACUUUGGGACAAGCUCAGGUUUUCUGUCAGGAUCUCAAGAUUGCCCAUUAUAUGAAAGUGCCUCCUCGUGUCACCUUCAUAUGCCAAGUCGUUGCGACCGUUUGGGCUUCCAUCGUACAAAUCGCAGUAAUGAACUGGACUCUAGGAAGCAUUGAAAACGUUUGCACGAGUGAUCAAGCUGCUCACUUUACUUGCCCGAAUGGGAAGGCAUUUUUCUCAUCCAGCAUUGUAUGGGGUGUAAUUGGUCCAAAGCGGAUGUUCGGGCCUGGCGCUCUAUACACUCCCAUCCAGUAUUUCUGGUUACUCGGCGCUCUCCUGCCUCUAGCAUUCUAUGUAUUAAUGCGUCUCUUUCCACGUUCCAAGGCCAGACUGCUUAAUGCCCCGGUGAUGCUUGGGGCUAUGGCCUGGUUACCUCCUGCCACGCCACUGAGUUACUUCUCUUGGGUCAUGUUUGGGCUGAUUUUCAAUUACUGGAUCCAUCGCCGUUGGGGUGGCUGGUGGAGAAACUACAACUACAUCACAGCUGCAGGACUGGACACUGGCCUUAUCAUAUCCACAAUAAUUAUCUUCUUUGCCAUAACUUUCCCUGGCCUGUCCGCCCCCAAUUGGUGGGGAAACAUAGCUCCCCUCGAAACUAUGGACUACUUGUACACUGCGAUUCGGAAGACGGUUGCCGUGGGAGAAACAUUUGGGCCGACAAGUUGGUAA